CCCCAAACCCCAGACCUUGCGACAGCUUUACGCGCCCGGCCUUGGCACCGUAAAACUCGAGCUCAGGAACGCGCCUGCGCGCCCGCGUACCCCCUGCUCCAUUUCGCAUUCUCGAAACACCAAGCUUCCCCCUGUCACCAGAUGUUUCCGUGUCGCGAUCCCGGGGUCCCGACGCAUCUGGCAAUUGCGCUCGCUCCCGCGCAACGCCCGGCACGGAUUGCUUCUGCAUAGGCUUAUACGACAUCUCUCAAUCGUUUAAAAUCAGCAUAAUAGUCGUCGGCGCUCACCAUCGCAUCCUAUCAUGCCUUCGAGAGAGCGCCGUCUCACAUGCUGCCUCAAUCCUCUCUGCCCCUCCGAGACGGCAGGGUCGGCCUUCCUUCUUCCGAGGCGCUCUCCGUCGGCAGCCAGCAAAAUGAGCCCUACUACUCGUCGCAAGACUUCCAACUGCUCCACGACAUCGUCACCCUUGGAGAGUCCAUAUAUUCUACCCUCCCGGAACAAGACCGCCUUCCUACCAAUGCCCUAUUCCAAGCGGCGGAGCAGGUUCUCCCACAAUAUGGUUUCGAUGGCGAGCACGCCCCUUCGCACAUCUCGCGGCUCAUCUUCAAGAUUGGGGGGCAACGAUCUGGCGAGACGCUCAGCGACAAGUUUCAAUCCAUCGUGAGGAAUAUGGGCGUGCAGCUUGAAUACUAUCCCUCCAGUUCAGUACAGGAGUCUCCGCCAGCGAAGUCAGCCUCCUCCCACUCCUUUGCCGACGACGACGAAACCGGACGCUUCGAUUUCAGUCCGCGCCCACCACCUCGCCGUAGACAUAGCUCUGUCUCCCAUCCAGCCGAGCCCUUGUCUCCCUCUAAUGUUUCAGAUUAUCAUCUACCUACUGGCCGCCGUGUGCGCACUCGAUCGGCUUCGUCUACAGACUACAGCAUUGCUCCUGACGGUGCGGGAAACUUGGAGCGGAGAGACACAGGUGGCGACAAUGUCCCUGGUUUUCGAGAAGAGGGCAGCCAUGGACGGCGCACAUUUUUUGCGGGGUUGCAAAGACCGACUCCCACCGAAUCUAGGCCUAGACGACCUCCGCAUGCUGCGGGUCUCUUCGGGAGCAGGCAGUAUGGUGCGGACGACGAGGGCGAGGGCUCGGAUCACGCCACCGAAGAUCUCAAGUUUCGCCAGGGUCAGGCGCACUUACUCCCCGCAAAUAAGAUUCGACCCUUUUUACGUGGCUUCGGAGCCGUGCACUAUGGUGGGGAUGAUUCCGACCACGAAAGCAACAAAGAAAUCGGCGUGUCUCCCUCUACCGCCGGUGGGACGGACGUUGUCCAUCACUCCCCUCGAAGCGACGCAUCCGGCGCUUUCCGCGGUGCUAGCGACACCACAGCCCAGACUCAGGACGACCAACUCUUCCUUUCGCCCCCAAACGAGCACUGUCAAGCGGAUAUCGAAGCAUUGGAGGCCACGUUAUAUCAAUUCAUGAAUAAAGAUGGGGCGACCCUUGCAAAGGAUGUUCUAUUUUCCUGGCGUGCUACGGCUAGGGAAACGAGGCGCUGCAAUAAUGAGCUUGAAGAUUUUGCCGUACAGUUCGACGAUCAGGAUAUUCGCUCUGAAAUUUUCGACAUUUGGCGCGAAGAAGCCGCUCUCGCUAAACAAGAAAGAUUAGAAAGCGAAGCCGUCGCCGCGCACAAUGAAUACGUAGAGCGCAUGGAAAAGCGCGCCCACAGGGUGUACGAAAUCUUCACGAUACGCGUGGCGCUGUUGCAUUGGCAGGAACAGGCUCUCGAAGAAGUCGACCGGACUGCAGUUGCGCGCAGGCAUCUCGUGCGGAAGCGGGCGUUUGAUAGCUGGCGCGCCCAGCAUAUCGAGGACGAGAUUAAAAUCAAGAACUUUGUCCUCAUCAACGCGCUCCAGAAAUGGGGCCAGGUCGCACUCCAUCAUGAGGUGCGCGAACAAGUCGCCAUCCGGCAGUAUGAACAGCAUCUUGCCAAGAACGCCUUGCAGAGGACAUGGGAGGUGUACAAAGGCCGCGUGGCAGAUGGUUUCCGCGACUAUCGGCUCAAGGAAGAUUGCUUGAACACAUGGUCUACUAAAACAGGAGAAGCGCAGGAUGAGUAUGGUGUGGCUGUCGCGUUGGAUGAAAGGCUCGUGCUCGACGAAGCCUUUGCCAUAUGGGGCGAAGAGACCGAGGACCUACAGGACAGAGCCCAUGACUGCACGGUGCAGAAGCUUGUUCAGGAUUGCCAAAGGACUUUGUCACACUGGCAUGAGCAAGCGAGCCUGGCAAGAUUGCUGAAGCAGUACAGUGCUGGGCAAGACGACAACUCAAAGCGCAUCGUUUUGCAGGUCUGGCAAUCAGCCUCCCAUGCAGCGAGGCGCGACACCGAACUCGCCAAUGCCCAAUUCCUCAAACUUUUCAUCGUACAAUGGAGAUGCGAGACGAACCUCGUACGCUUCAUUGGUCGUGCUGAGCAACAGACAAAAGCUGCAGCGCUGGAACACUGGGCCCUUGAGGAACGACUAGCCUGGUAUAAGAGGCACUCGGAGACGCAGACAAAACGACAAACCCUGCAGAGCCUUCUCGAAUCUUCACGGCAAGCAAGAAGCACACGGGCCAAGUCCCAACACGAAGCCGACUAUGUUGUUGAGUACUACAUGCAAGCCGAAGCCCUCGCCACAUGGCUUUCGGAGACAGAGGCGAUAGAGCGGCAUCAGCGAAAUGCCGACUUGGUCUCCCUCUAUCGUACCACCAACCCGUGUCUAGGCUUUUGGGGAGAGCGGUGCAAGGAGAAGGUCUCCCGAGAUGUCGUAUACAGGAGAGAGGCCCUCAGGAACUCGAGGAGAUGCACCGUGUCGAAUGUCCUCGACACAUGGCCCGACAUCGCACAGUCUGCGCGAAGAGACAGGAUGAUGCGCAGCUUGCGCCAAUUCAGGCGAGGCUACAAAGUCAACCUCGCGCAGACGUGUCUCGACAAGUGGCAGGCAGCCGCAGGCGAUGCUGUAGCCUCUGGUCGGGAGGCCUGUGGUAUCCUUGUGCAGCACAAGCGGGACGAUGUCAACGACUACCUCGAUUACUGGGUCGACACGGCCUACAAAGCGCAGGAAAUCAGGCAAAUCGCGGCGGAUGCCGAGUUGGAGGUUUAUCACAGGAAGUGGCACGGCUCCCUCCACGAGGCGCGGGAGAACCAGCACGACGCGGUCGAGUAUGAUGCGGAGAAGACACUGGCCGAGUGCUGGAAGAAGUGGGAGUUUCAAUCUCUCCAGAUGGAGAGUAGACGGCUCACGGUUGCCACGGUGCGGGAGAAGAACGACCAGCGCUUGUGUCGACAGAUACUCGAGGAGUGGCGCCAACGGGCCGUUCCGGAGGCCGUGUACAGCGACCCCCGGCUCCACCUCAGCACCAUGUCUCGACGCAGCAUGCGCCAGCAGCAGCUCGCCCGAGCUUCUAUCCCUCCUUUCCGCUCCGUUCAGCUACCAUCACGGCCGGCGCGGAUGACCAACCCCAAGACGCCCCAUGUGGCGGCUUCUCAGAUUGGCAUCGGCCGUGGUACCGGUGGCGGCGGCGGUGGCGGCGUCGGCGGUACCAGCAGGUCGGUACGCUUUGGCGCGAGCUCGUUCCAGCUCGGUCCCAUGGAGGAUUUCGACGAGGAAUCACUGCUGCCUGAUGUCGAGACCAACGACCCAGUCUUCAUGAGCACGCCGACCCGGUGGACCGGCAGCGCGAGGCCCCUCGGGUACCGCCCGACGACUACCCCGUCGGCCAUCCUGCCCUCGCCCUACGAGCGAGAGCUGCGGCGGGAGUACGGCCAGUCGGCCCGCCCAAGGGUCGAGUUUCCGGAUAUCACAGAGGACUCGGCUGAGGCCUGAGCAGUCAACUAGGAAGUUCAGCGUGGCGAUCUGCAGCUUUUUGGCAUGCUACCGCUAUGGGGCGUGCGUCAUUAUACGGACUCAAC